AUGUUGCACGAGAACGCGAAAGCAAACGAUCGAGAAGAGUUUCUGGACGAGAUUGAAUUCAUGAAAAAUCUCGAAUUUCAUCCGCACAUUCUUUCACUUAUCGCCUGCUCGACGAAUCCGAUCUUUCCGUUAAUUCUAACGGGAAUUUGUGAAUUCGGCGAUCUGUUGAAUCUUUUGCGGAAGAUCAAUGAACAAAAUUCAAAUAUCACAUUCGAGGAUCUUGUUCCAAUUGCAUGGCAAAUCUGUGAUGCAUUAGUGUUUCUCAGCGAAAAGAAAAUCAUUCAUCGUGACGUUGCGGCGAGAAAUGUUUUGUUGACUCAAAAUAAGACAGCGAAACUCUCCGAUUUUGGUCUCUGUCGCGUGAACAAAGAGCAAAUCUAUCGUUCACGUGGUGGAAAAUUCCCGAUAAAAUGGAUGGCCCCGGAAGCGAUUGAAUUUUGUCUUUUUUCAAGUAAAAGUGACGUUUGGUCUUUCGGAAUUGUUCUCUACGAAAUGUAUUCUUUUGGCAAAACGCCUUUUUGUUCACUGGAUAAUGGAGAAGUUUUACAAUUUUUAAAAGAUGGAAAUCGCUUGGAAAUCCCGUCGGAAGCUCCUAAAAUGAUAAAAGAAAUAAUGAAUGGAUGCUGGAAAGGAGAUCCAAGCGAUCGAGUCGAUUUGCUUGAAAUUCGAGACAAUUACUAUAAAGAAAUGGAGAAGAAUACGCAUAAAUAUGAGUAUUUGAGCUUCAGCAAAGGCUACUAUCGUCUCUGCGAAACUCGC